AUGGAGGGCGGCGUGCAGCUCCUCAACCGCGAUGGCCACAGCAUCUCACACAACUCCAAGCGCCAUUACCACGACGCCUUCGUGUGCAUGAACCGCAUGCGGCAGCGCGGGCUGCUCUGCGACAUCGUGCUGCACGUGGGCACCAAGGAGAUCAAGGCCCACAAGGUGGUGCUGGCGUCCUGCAGCCCUUACUUCCACGCCAUGUUCACAAAUGAGAUGAGUGAGAGCCGCCAGACCCAUGUGACACUGCACGACAUCGACCCACAGGCCCUGGAGCAGUUGGUGCAAUAUGCUUACACAGCAGAGAUCGUGGUGGGCGAGGGCAAUGUGCAGACACUUCUCCCUGCUGCCAGCCUGCUUCAGCUCAAUGGGGUGCGGGACGCAUGCUGCAAGUUCCUGCUCAGCCAACUCGACCCAUCCAACUGCCUGGGGAUCCGGGGCUUUGCCGACACGCACUCCUGCAGUGACCUCCUCAAGUCUGCCCACAAAUACGUCCUCCAGCACUUCGUGGAGGUGUCCAAGACAGAGGAGUUCAUGCUGCUGCCUCUUAAACAGGUGCUGGACCUCAUUUCUAGUGACAGCCUCAAUGUGCCAUCAGAGGAGGAGGUGUACCGGGCUGUGCUUAGCUGGGUCAAACAUGAUGUGGACAGCAGGAGACAGCAUGUCCCCAGGCUCAUGAAGUGCGUGAGGCUGCCCCUGCUGAGCCGGGACUUCCUGAUGAGCAACGUGGACACGGAGCUGCUGGUGCGGCACCACUCGGAAUGCAAGGACCUGCUGAUCGAAGCCCUCAAGUACCACCUCAUGCCUGAGCAGAGGGGGGUCCUCAGCAACAGCAGGACCAGGCCACGGCGCUGCGAGGGGGCCAGCACUGUGCUCUUUGCUGUGGGUGGGGGCAGCCUGUUUGCCAUCCACGGGGACUGCGAGGCUUACGACACGCGGACGGACCGCUGGCACAUGGUGGCCUCCAUGUCGACCCGCAGGGCCAGGGUGGGCGUCGCGGCCAUUGGGAACAAGCUGUACGCCGUGGGAGGUUAUGAUGGGACCUCAGAUUUGGCCACGGUGGAGUCCUACGAUCCUGUCACCAACUCCUGGCAGCCGGAGGUGUCCAUGGGCACAAGGAGGAGCUGCCUGGGUGUAGCAGCACUUCAUGGGCUUCUCUAUGCUGCUGGGGGAUACGAUGGGGCCUCAUGCCUGAACAGCGCAGAGCGGUACGACCCUCUGACAGGCACCUGGACAUCCAUCGCUGCCAUGAGCACCAGGAGACGCUACGUCCGGGUGGCAACGCUAGAAGGCAACCUCUAUGCUGUUGGGGGAUAUGACAGCUCAUCCCACUUAGCCACAGUAGAAAAGUAUGAGCCCCAGAUCAACACGUGGACGCCCAUUGCCAACAUGCUGAGCCGCCGGAGCAGCGCAGGGGUGGCUGUGCUGGAGGGGAUGCUCUACGUGGCUGGUGGAAAUGAUGGGACCAGCUGCCUUAACUCUGUUGAGCGUUACAACCCCAAAACCAACACGUGGGAGAGCGUGGCACCCAUGAACAUCCGCAGGAGCACCCACGACCUGGUGGCCAUGGACGGCUGGCUGUACGCGGUGGGUGGCAACGACGGCAGCUCCAGCCUGAACUCCAUCGAGAAGUACAACCCACGUACCAACAAAUGGGUGGCAGCCUCCUGCAUGUUCACCCGUCGCAGCAGCGUUGGGGUGGCCGUGCUGGAACUGCUCAACUUCCCACCUCCCUCAUCUCCCACUCUCUCCGUGUCCUCGACGAGCCUUUGA